GGUCAUAGAAGAGAUCGCAUCCGUAAAGCAUCCACAAUGAAAAUCCACGCAAGCGUCAACAGCAAAGUGCCGAAGAGCAAACCGAAGUACCAGUAUUUAGCAACGUUCUUCGCGACGUUCAGCAUCAUGACAAGUGCGAUGCAUUACGGAUGGCCUUCUCCGUCCAUCCCGAAGCUCCUCGACGGAUCGUCGCAGCUGACGUUGACGGAUGAGGAGGGAUCCUGGGUGGCGGUGAUGCCUCUGAUAGGUGCAGUCGUUGGCGCCAUAUCGGCCGGGUCCCUUCUCGAUAAAAUCGGACGGAAGAAGACCAUACUGUUGACGGGAGUUCCGUACAUCGUCUCCUGGGUAAUAAUCGCUUUCUGCAAGAACGUUGAACUGAUGUACACCGCGCGUUUCUUGGCUGGAAUCGCGGAUGGUUUGACAUUUACAGCUGUUCCGAUGUACCUGGGCGAGAUCGCCGAUCCGAAUAUAAGAGGACUGUUGGGCUCGAGCUGCUCUAUCUUCCUGAUAACCGGAGUUCUUCUCAUCAACGGUUUGGGACUCUAUAUGAGCGUUUCCGUAACAGCUCUGAUCUCCACAAUAAUGCCCAUCAUGCUGUUAAUCACUUUCUCCUUUAUGCCGGAAAGUCCGUACUACUCGAUCAUGAAGGACAAGUACGAUGAGGCUAAGAAGAAUCUGAAGAUCUUGAAGGGAAUCGACGAUGUCGAUCAUGAGGUCAACAGAUUGGCGAACGCCGUCAAACAGCAAGCUUCUGAAACGGGGAGCAUGAUGGAUCUGUUCAAAGUAGCGAGCAACAGGAAAGCGGUGAUAAUCAUGAUCGGGUUAAGAACCGUGCAGCAGUUGAGCGGAAUAACAGCUAUAACCUUCUACACGAAAACCAUUUUCGACGAUGCCAAGACGAGCAUCUCUUCGGAAUUAACAACCAUCAUCUACUAUUCCGUCCAAUUGAUUUUAACGUGCAUGUCUUCUUUAAUCCUCGACAAAGCCGGAAGAAGACCCCUGAUGAUCUUCUCCACAAUUGGCAUCAUAAUAUCUUUAUCCUUCGAAGGCGCUUACCUCUACAUAGAUUCAGAAACAUCCAUCGACGUCUCCGAAUUCACUUACAUCCCCGUCAUCGCUCUCCUCACCUUCAUCAUAGCAUACAGCAUCGGCAUGGGCACAAUCCCAGUCUUGAUGUUAGGAGAACUCUUCCCCACCGAUGUUAAAGCUUUCGCUUUAAGCUUAGCCGAUAUUUACUUCAGCGUGAUCGCGGCUGUCGUCUCCAAGUUCUUCCAAAUCAUGAAAGAUAAUUUCGGGAUGUACGUUCCGUUCUUCUGCUUCACCAUUUGCACCAUAUUCGGCUUGGUGUUCGUAUUGAUCACGUUACCGGAAACGAAGGGUAAAACUCUCGAGGAGAUUCAGGAUAUUCUGAAAGGGGUUAAUAGCUCCGAAUCAGAGGAGAACGGUGAAGAGUCUGAGGACAAAAGGGGAGCUCGUUUCUAGAAAAAUCCCACCAAAUUCAACGGGAAAACCAUUUGUCACGUAAUCGAAGAGUCUGAGUUAAUAAGAAUGAUCUAAUUUUAAUGAACCUAAUUUUAUCGUACCUGCAAUCUCAACAUAUUUUUUUUGUUUUGUUAGAUAUUUAA